UGAGGUUUGUAACUAUUCUACGACUACCAAAGGCAACCUCAGUAUUCAUAUGCAGUCUGACAAGCACCUAAAUAAUGUUCAAAAUCUUCAAAAUGGUGGCAGUGAGCAGGUUUUUACCCACACACCUCAAGUACCUAGCACCAACGUAACUGGUUGUGGUACACCAUCACCUUCUAAACCAAAACAGAAACCAACAUGGCGCUGUGAAGUAUGCGAUUAUGAGACCAAUGUGGCACGGAACCUUCGCAUUCACAUGACCAGUGAAAAGCACAUGCACAACAUGAUGCUACUACAACAGAACAUGAAGCAAAUACAACACAACCUGCACUUAGGCCUUGCCCCUGCUGAGGCAGAGCUAUACCAGUACUACUUAGCCCAGAACAUUGGUUUGACUGGAAUGAAACUGGAAAAUUCUUCGGAUUCUCAGUUGAUGAUUAACCCCUUCCCACUUGAUCCAGCAACUGCAGCAGUUCUUGCACCUGGACUUGUAAAUAAUGAACUGCCACCUGAAAUCCGGCUUGCCAGUGGUCAGCUAAUGGGUGAUGACCUGUCCCUCCUCACAGCAGGAGAGCUGUCACCUUAUAUCAGUGACCCAACGCUGAAGCUUUUCCAGUGUGCUGUUUGCAACAAAUUCACUUCUGACAGCCUGGAGGCCUUGAGCAUACAUGUGAGCACUGACCGUUGUCUCCCUGAAGAGGAGUGGAGGGCUGUAAUUGGGGACAUCUACCAGUGCAAACUAUGUAACUACAACACCCAGCUGAAAGCCAACUUCCAGCUACACUGUAAGACAGACAAGCACAUGCAAAAAUAUCAACUUGUGGCUCACAUUAAGGAGGGAGGCAGAGCUAAUGAAUGGAGACUGAAAUGUAUUGCUAUUGGCAACCCUGUGCACUUAAAGUGCAACGCAUGUGACUAUUACACCAACAGUGUGGAUAAAUUACGACUGCAUACCACCAACCACCGGCACGAGACAGGCCAGAAACUCUACAAGCACUUACAGAAACAUGAGAGUGGAGUUAAUUCUGAAUCCUGCUAUUACUACUGCAGUCUGUGUGAAUACUCCACUAAGGUCAAGUUAAAUCUCGUGCAGCAUGUCCGUUCUGUAAAGCACCAGCAGUCUGAAGGCCUCCGCAAGCUCCAGCUACAUCAGCAGGGUCUGGCACCAGAGGAGGACAACCUCAGUGAAAUCUUCUUUGUGAAGGACUGCCCAUCAAAUGAGUCUGAAGAGCAAAGGGAAGAAACAGACCGGUCUGCUAAAACCGCAACAGUGGCUGCUGCUGGCGAUCAUAAAGACACAAGUGAGAAAGAUAAAGAAGGCAAAAAAGCCGAUAAAGACUCUGGAAUAAACACACCGGGGAAGGAACCUAAAGAAGCUAUUCCAGUAACAAAGCAACCACUGUUGUCAGCAAAAGAAGAGGACGGUGCAUCAAGAAAACCACCUCCUUUUGAGGAGCCCAAAAUCAGCCAUGAACAGCUUUACCAGUGCCCUUACUGUAACUACAACAAUAAGGAUGCAAAUCGGAUCCAGAUGCAUGUCAUGUCGCAACACUCAAUGCAGCCUGUCAUUUGCUGUCCUCUCUGUCAAGAUGUCCUUAGUAACAAAAUGCACCUUCAACUUCACCUGACUCACUUGCAUAGUGUUUCUCCGGACUGCAUGGAGAAGCUCCUUACGACAGUAUCAGUGCCAGAUAUAGUGGUGCCUAACAGCAUGGUAUUGCCAGCGACUCCAGUAGAGAAACGUGAUAUUGAUACACCAUUGCAAAAUGCAGGAGACAUCCUCAGGAAACCUUCAGGUGAAAAUUCUGAUGAAAAAAACAUGGUAGUGCCCGAUGAUUUUAAAACUGGGGUGGAACUAAAAACUGAAGACCAGCAUCCAUCAAAAGAAAUGCCCGAAGAAUAUGACUGGAGGAAAGCUAGCAAUCAUGAUUUAAAACUGGCAGACUCAUUGCAGGACCAGUUAAAUGAGUUACAAAAGAGGCAACAGCUGUCUGUUUCAGAUCGUCAUGUUUAUAAAUUCCGCUGUAACCACUGCAGCCUAGCUUUUAAGACUAUGCAGAAGCUUCAGAUACAUUCCCAAUACCAUGCUAUUCGGGCUGCUACCAUGUGCAGCAUCUGUCAGCGCAGCUUUCGAACAUUCUUGUCCUUAAAGAAGCAUUUGGAGGUCAGCCACCCCGAACUCAGUGACAGUGACAUACAGCAGCUAUGUGCAAACUUACCUGUAAAUGGGGAACUUUGGUCAGAAAGUGAGGCUUUGUCACAGGAAGAGCAAGCACUGGACCAAGAGAUGGACAAGGAUGAGGAAAUGGACACAGAAGGGAAAGCAAGUCCUGCAGUAAGUGAUAGCAGCUCAAUUCCAGAUGAACUGGGUUCUGAACCAAAGCGUACCUUACCUUUUAGAAAGGGGCCUAAUUUCACAAUGGAAAAAUUUUUAGAUCCCUCUCGGCCUUACAAAUGUACAGUUUGUAAGGAAUCAUUUACUCAGAAGAAUAUACUGUUGGUCCAUUAUAACUCUGUAUCUCAUUUACACAAACUGAAAAAAGUUUUGCAGGAAGCCUCAAGCCCAGUUCCCCAAGAAACUAACAGCGUAGAUAAUAAGCCCCACAAAUGCAACAUUUGUAAUGUUGCCUACAGCCAAAGUUCUACACUGGAAAUACAUAUGAGAUCAGUACUUCACCAAACUAAAGCCAGAGCAGCUAAGACAGAACCAAACAACAGUACAGUGAGUGGAAGUAAUUGCCAAGGAAAUUCUGCCAGUCCUAGUCAAGGUAUGUUAGAAUCCAUGGCCAUGUCAGCACUUAGCAACAAAGACAGCACUGUAGAUGCCAAAGAAAUAAACACAAAACAAGUUCCUGACAUCAUUUCUACUCAGCCAGCCCAUCACCCAUCUCAAUCACCAGCACAACUUCAAAUGCAGAUUCAGCAUGAACUACAACAGCAGCAUGCUGCCUUCUUUCAGCCCCAGUUUCUAAACCCUGCCUUUCUGCCUCACAUUCCUAUGACACCCGAAGCCUUGCUACAGUUUCAACAGCCACACUUUCUCUUUCCAUUCUACAUUCCAGGUGCAGAAUUUAACCUGAGUCCAGAGCUGGGGCUACCUGGUCCUUUUGGCAUGCCUGGAAUUGCUGGAUCUUUACUGGAGGAUCUUAAACAGCAGAUUCAAACACAGCAUCAUCUUGGUCAAACACAACUGCAAGUCCUGCAGCAGCAAGCUCAGCAGCAGCAGCAGCAGCAACUUCAGCAGCAGCAAGUUCAGCAGCAGCAAGCUCAACAGCAUCAGCAAGUAACACAACAGCAGCUGCACUCACAUAAACUUCAGCCCCAGAUUAGUAAACCACUAAAGCAAGAAAACAGCCACACAUGUUCUGCAGAAAACCAGUCUUCAAAAGAUCUUACCCCUUAUAAAGAACUAGAUGAGCCAUCUGAGAAACCAGAAAAGCACAAGCCAGAUGCACAGGUUGAAUCUGAAAUAAUAAAGGACAACAAAGACAGCAAGCGACAUAAAACUGUGGAAACUACAAUCCCCCCUCCUCGCAUUGCCUCUGGUGCAAGAGGAAAUGCAGCUAAAGCUUUGUUGGAAAACUUUGGUUUUGAACUAGUUAUUCAAUACAAUGAAAACCGACAAAAGGUUCAAAAAAAAUGUAAAAAUGGUGAAAGUGAUAAUACUGAUAAGUUGGAAUGUGGAACAUGUGGUAAAUUAUUUUCAAAUGUCCUUAUUCUUAAGAGUCAUCAGGAGCAUGUCCAUGGACAGUUUUUUCCAUAUGGAGAUCUGGAAAAGUUUGCAAGACAGUACAGGGAUGCAUAUGAUAAGCUUUAUCCAAUUACUACAUCUCCGGAGCCUCCCCCACCACCUCCACCUCCUCUUCCUCCUCCUCCCCCUCCUCCUCCCCCUACACCAUUAACACCUUCAAUUUCCCAGCCUUCAUCAAAUGGGUCAGGAAAGAUACAAAAUACAGCUCCAUCUCCCCUGCAGACCCCUCCAGCUCCUCCUCCCCCUCCUCCACCACCACCGCCACCUCCUCCUCCUCCUCCACCACCUCCACCACCUCCAUCAGCUCCUCAGGUUCCGCUUCCUGUGCCUCUUGAUCUUCCUCUUUUCCCUCCACUCAUGAUGCAACCAGUGCAACAUCCAGGUAUCCCUCCUCAACUUGCUCUUCAGCUCUCACCUAUGGAUGCUCUGUCUGCAGACUUGAGCCAUCUUUGUCAACAGCAGCUUGGUUUUGAUCCUAAUUUCUUAAGGCAUUCCCAGUUUAAGCGUCCACGCACACGAAUUACAGAUGAUCAGCUUAAAAUCUUGCGUGCUAAUUUUGAUAUCAAUAAUUCCCCAUCAGAAGAACAAAUUCAAGAAAUGGCUGAAAAGUCUGGACUUUCACAAAAAGUAAUAAAGCACUGGUUUCGCAAUACUCUUUUUAAAGAGAGGCAAAGAAAUAAAGAUUCUCCAUAUAAUUUUAACAACCCUCCACUAACUGUUCUUGAAGACCUAAGACUUGACUCACAACCAAAUCCUCUGGAUCUCUAUCGGGGAGAUACAUCUCUAAGUAGGAGGUCAUCUAGGACAAGGUUUACAGACUAUCAGCUUAGGGUCCUUCAGGAUUUCUUUGAUACUAACGCUUAUCCAAAGGAUGAUGAAAUUGAACAGCUCUCAACAGUUUUAAAUCUGCCUACUCGUGUCAUUGUCGUAUGGUUCCAAAAUGCUCGUCAGAAAGCUCGUAAGACAUAUGAAAAUCAAACAGAGACUAAAGAUAAUGAAAAACGGGAACUAACUAAUGAGCGUUACAUUCGAACAAGUAAUAUGCAGUAUCAGUGUAAAAAAUGCACUGUAGUAUUUCCCAGAAUAUUUGAUUUGAUUACACAUCAGAAAAAAUUGUGUUACAAAGAUGAGGACGAUGAUUAUGGCCCAGAAGACAGUCAGUUAGAUGAUUUUGUAGAUGGCAUGGAACAAAUGCCAAUAAAAUUUUCAGUCUUUUCUACAUCAGCAGAUACACCAAAAUCAUCUGUGGGAAUAGGAGCAGGCUCAGGUUCUCGUUCAAGUACUCCAGUAACAUCAUCUCCAAAACCAGAAAUCACUAAGAUUUCACCUAAGCCUGAAACACAAACAGAUAAACCAAAGCAGUCUGAAACUAUUCCUACUUCUCAAGCCACAAAAUCAGUCCAUUCAGUGUCAUCUCAACCACCUGAGCUACACCCACCACAACCUUCAACACCUCAACUACCACAGCAAAAACAAGCCCAGUCUAUGAGACCUCCCUCUAGAAGCCAAAAUACAUCAAUUCCAUCAAGCCCUUUACCAAUGCCUGUUACUCCCUUGCAGAGCAGUCUACCUCCUCCUAUGUUACAGUAUCAGUGUGACCAGUGUUCAGUUGCCUUUCCAACAUUAGAACUUUGGCAGGAGCACCAACAUAUGCAUUUUCUAGCAGCCCAAAACCAAUUUAUUCAUUCUCAGUUUUUAGAAAGGCCUAUUGAUAUGCCAUAUAUGAUCUUUGAUCCAAGCAACCCCCUAAUGACAAGCCAAUUGCUUGGUGGAGCUCUCUCACAGUUACAGUCACAAACAAGUUCUUGUCAUUCAAAUUCACCUUCUGCAGUAGCUAGUGCAUAUAAAAGAAAGUUGGAAGAAAAAGAUGAUAGUAUAUGUAAUGAAAAAGAUGGAGGAAAUAGUGGUGAAGACCAGCAUCGUGACAAACGUUUAAGAACUACAAUUACUCCAGAACAGUUAGAAAUUCUUUAUGAAAAGUAUUUAUUGGAUUCCAAUCCUACUAGAAAAAUGUUAGAUCAUAUUGCACGUGAAGUGGGUUUAAAAAAGCGUGUAGUACAAGUAUGGUUCCAGAACACCCGAGCUCGUGAAAGAAAAGGACAGUUUCGUGCUGUGGGACCGGCACAGUCUCACAGGAGAUGUCCCUUUUGCCGAGCACUUUUCAAAGCUAAAUCAGCGCUGGAAAGUCAUAUUCGUUCUCGGCAUUGGAAUGAAGGGAAACAAGCAGGCUAUAGUUUGCCUCCAAGUCCUUUAAUGUCAGCAGAGGAUGGAAGGGAAAGUCCGCUUAAAUACAACUGCCUUGAAUAUUCAUCACAGCCAUUUAUAAAGCUUGAUUUAUCAAGUGAAAAUGAAGUAGCUUCUACAGUGUCAACACCUGUUAGCAAGUCUGCUGAAUUGUCGCCGAAGAAUCUCCUGAGUCCUUCUUCAUUUAAACCAGAAAGUAGCGAAGAUAUGGAAGGACUACAUGUUCCUCCAGGUGAUAAUGGAUAUGACAAUGGCAAAAUAGACUUUGAUGAAACUUCCUCUAUUAAUACAGCUUUAAGUGAUGCCACCACAGGAGAUGAGGGAAAUAAUGAAAUGGAAACCACCUUGGGCAGUUUGGGGGAACUGAAAGCCUUAACAGGCUCACCAACAGAACCAAAAACACCAGCUGCUAAUGAAUCUUUGCCAAAAACAACUAGCACACCUUCUACCGAGGGUUAUGAUGAAAAAAUGUCAUAUUCUAUUCCUAGUCCUUAUGGAAAUCUGAGCACUAAAGACAGUGACCAAAGCUUCAGCCUAAAUGACAAUGACCUGGAUGACAUUGCUGAUCAAAGUGAGACAUCUAGUUUAGCUGACCCUUGUUCACCUAAUCCAUUUGGCAGUAGCAAUUCAUUUAAAGCAAAAAAUAGUGAAAGAUCUGGCCAUAAAAGAUUCCGCACUCAAAUGAGUAACCUUCAGCUUAAAGUUCUUAAAGCUUGUUUCAGUGACUAUCGGACUCCUACCAUGCAAGAAUGUGAAAUGCUAGGGAAUGAGAUUGGUUUGCCAAAACGAGUUGUUCAGGUCUGGUUUCAGAAUGCUCGAGCAAAAGAAAAGAAGUUCAAAAUUAACAUUGGGAAGCCGUUUAUGAUUAAUCAGAGUGGGACAGAUGACUCCAGACCAGACUGUAUUCUGUGUGGGGUGAAAUAUUCUGCACGACUGUCUAUCCGAGAUCAUAUUUUUUCAAAACAACACAUAUCAAAAGUAAGAGAGGCUGUGGGAAGCCAGCUUGACAGGGAGAAAGACUAUUUGGCUCCAACAACUGUCCGACAGUUAAUGGCACAGCAGGAGCUGGAUCGCCUAAAGAAGGCUUCAGAUGUUCUCGGCUUAACAUCACAGCAGCAAAGCAUAAUAGACAACAAUUCACUGCAUGGGCUAAAUCUACCAGCAGCAUAUCCUGGACUAACAGGCCUUCCUCCUGUUCUUCUUCCUGGAGUGAAUGGACCUUCUACUCUACCUAGCUUUCCUCAAAAUGCAAAAGCUUUAACGUCUCCUAGUGCAGCCAUGCUUGGAUUUCCCACAUCUGUUUCUUCAUCAUCUGCCCUGUCACUCAGCAGUACCCCCAACAAGCCCAUGCUGCAGACCCCACCAACUUCUCAAAGCUCUUUGGCAGGACAGCAGACCGAGGAACAGAGCAAAGAUUUAGAGAAAAGAAAAGUACAUAAAAAGGCCAAAGAGGUGGAAGCAGAAGUCAGUAAGCCAGAGAGCAUACAUAGUAAGAAAGAAGAGAAAGU